AUGGCUUCCGCUACUGUUGUUUCGAAGCCCCUCCCCACCCUCCCCGAGGGCUGGUCGGCAGAGAAGGACUUCAAGCCCAUUGCUUCCGUCACCACUUCCACCAAGCGCACCAUUGAGCCUGUUGGCCCUCACUUCCUGGCCCACGCCCGUCGUGCCCGCCACAAGCGCACCUUUUCCGAGGACGACCGCAUCGAGGCCCAGAAUGCCGCCAAGAAGAUUGAGAAGGACGACGACAGUGAUGACAGCGAGCCCGAGGACCCCAUGAUGCUCCAGCGGGAGGCCAAGGACUGGAAGUCGCAAGAUCACUACGAGGUUCUGGGUAUAACCAAGUACCGAUGGAAGGCCACCGAGGACCAGAUCAAGCGUGCCCACCGCAAGAAGGUCCUCAAGCACCACCCCGACAAGAAGGCUGCCUCGGGUGCCACCGAGGACGACAACUUCUUCAAGUGCAUCCAAAAGGCCACCGAUGUCCUGCUCGACCCCGUCAAGCGUCGCCAGUUCGACUCGGUCGACGAAAAGGCCGAUGUUGAGCCCCCGAGCAAGAAGGAGGCCCAGAAGAACUUUUACAAGACCUGGGGCCGAGUCUUCAAGUCCGAGUCCCGCUUCAGCAAGAUCCAGCCCGUGCCCCAGCUCGGCGGCGAGAACUCCACCAAGGAGGAGGUUGACGUUUUCUACAACUUUUGGUACAACUUUGACAGCUGGAGGUCCUUUGAGUACCUUGACGAGGAUGUGCCCGAUGACAAUGAGAACCGUGACCAGAAGCGUCACAUGGAGCGCAAGAACAUGAACGCCCGCAAGAAGAAGAAGGCCGAGGACAAUGCCCGUCUCCGCAAGCUGGUCGAUGACUGCCUGGCUGGUGACGAGCGUAUCAAGCGCUUCAAGCAGGAGGCCCACGCCGCCAAGAACAAGAAGAAGUUUGAGCGCGAGGAGGCCGAGCGCAAGGCCAAGGAGGAGGCCCGUCUCAAGAAGGAGGCUGAGGAGAAGGCCGCCAAGGAGGCCGAGGAAAAGGCAAAGACGGACCGCGAGGCCUCGAAGAAGGCCAAGGAGGCUGCCAAGACCGCCGUCAAGAAGAACAAGCGUAUCCUCAAGGGCAGUGUCAAGGACGCCAACUACUUUGCUGGCAGCGGUGACGCCAGCGCCGCCCAGAUCGACUCGGUUCUGGGUGACGUUGACAUUAUCCAGGGCAAGAUUGAUCCUGAUGAGAUUGCUGCUCUUGCUGGCAAGCUCAACGGUCUCAAGGUUGCCGACGAGAUCAAGAGCGUCUGGGCCGAGGAGACCAAGAGACUCGUCGACGCCGGCAAGCUCAAGGAUGGUGAGGUCAAGACCCUGGCUUAA